CGCCGAGAACGGUUAUCGCGUCUAAUCGAAGUGGGCUUAAGCUCCUCGCCAACAGACAGACGGAAAAGUGCUGGGAAAGCCAACCGCGAAAAGCGUCAAUAACUACACACACCGAAUGAUGUUCGCUUUCGUUGAUUUUUUUUCGAGUGUAGCACCCGGCAAGUGAACAACUCCUGCGGAUUUUCAUCUCCGGACUCCGGGAGCCGGUGGGUGCUCCACUUUAGGGAUAUUCCAUGCCCAUGCCGAUGCCGAUGCCGUGCUGCUGGCUGGCUGGCUGAAUAAAUAGGAUCGAGGAGCACUGGGGGCACUGGGCACUGGGAAAACGGUUACGGAAUGGAUGCUCGCCGGCAGAAACGACUUGGCCCAGCGCCAAUUGCAUCCUUCGAAAAGUCAUUCGAGGACAAUGCCACGACAAAUGCACAGCAGCCAAGCCAACAGCAGCAGCCACAGCAACAGCAACAGCAACACCAGCAGCAACACCAGCAGCAACACCAGCAGGAGCAACAGCAUCAGCAGCACCAUGCGGCGAUGAUGGAGCAAAGUGUUAGGAAUCAGACAACGAUGUCGACGACGACGAAUCGGAAUAGGAUGGCCGGCGGCAUAGAAGCGCCCAGCAUAGCCACACAAUCCGCAACCGGAAAUGCAACUGCAAGUGCAACCACCUCCGCGUAUGCAUCCGCAUCCGCAGUAUCCGCAGUAUCCGCAGCAUCCGCAUCCUCCUCGUCGUCGUCCUCGGUUUCAUCGGCCACCUGCUCGGCGACCAUCGUCCAGGCGAAACAGCGGCCUCCUCCCCUGAAAACGGCGACGACAACGGUGACCACCACUUUGGUGAGCAGCAGCGAGGGCGGCCAGCCCCUGCCGCCCCCCGCCCACUCGGUGGGUGCGGCGGCAGGGGGAGGAGCUGGAGCGGGAGGGGGGAGCUACCGCGGCACCGCCACCCUGACCACACCCUCCACGCCCCGCAUCGAGCUGAGUCGCGCCUCCAGUUCGUCGCACCACGAGGAGGACAGUCGGGAGAGCAGCCCGGAGAACGUGUUCGAGCAGGUCGGCACUGGCACCCUACAGGAAACGAUUGGCCUUGGCUUUCGGGAGGAGGGAGCCCUCGAGCUGCGCAGCUCCACCGAGGAGCUCUACUUCAUGGAUCCCGAGCAGAAGAAGGAGGAGCAGGAGCGGAUCCAGCAGCAGCAGCAGGCCAAGCGCUCGUCGCCGCACAUCUUCAAGUUCGACGAGCACCAGAGCUACCUGCAGCAGCACCAGCGGAAGGACUCGGCCAGCUCGGAGGUGGCCGCCCUGCUCUGCAUCUCGGGUCGCACCAGCCGCAUCUCCAGCGUGGGCAGCCAGGGCUCGGCGGUGAGCCGCCUCUCCGCGAUAUCGGGUGUCUCGCGCUCGCCCUCGCCGCACCGCAUGCUCCUCGAGACCUCCUUCUGCGGCCCCAAGCCCGUCGAGCUGGCGGGGAGUGGCGCAGCCAGCGGAGCCUCCACCGCGGCCAGCUCCUCGCACAGCCAGGCGGAGGGGAUGCCCGGCGCGGGCACGGUGGCCGCCAAUGCGGCGCUUCUGGAGCAGCUGCUCCUGGCCAGGAAACACGACCCCACCCAGGCGGUGCUGGCCGAGGGCAUCAAGGUGCUGCCCCCCGCUCCGUCGGGCUCCGCCGCGGGCGCCUCCACCUCGAGUCGCAGCCGGAGCGGCAGACCAACCGCCGGCGUCCUGGCGAACGGGGAGCGAGCGGAGAAGGAGCCGAGCAAGCUGGGCAAGCAGACAAUUGGCGCCCAGCGCAGGAGCACCAAGAGCCCCGGACAAAUGGUCGUGGGCAAGACGGCCAGCGGCACGGAGUACAUUCGGAUCAACCUGCGCCCGGACCACAUGUACAGCGACAAGGGUAUCGCCUCCAACGAGCGCGUCGUGGAGGCGCCCAACCAGCUGGCCCCGGUCUACUCCAAGCCCGCCUCGCUGAGCCUCCAGGGCGGCAGCCUGAUCGAGGAGCACCGGCUGACCCCCACGGCGAGUCCCAAGCCUGGCCGGCGGUUCACCAGCCGCUCACCCUCGCCCGCCACUGGAGCAGGAGGUGGAGGAGGAGGAGGAGGAUCCGUGUCCCGCAAGAGCUCCUUCAGCUCGCUGUUCCGCCUGGGCAAGGACUCGCCGGAUUCGCCGCGGGAAGCGGCUCGCUCGCGCAGCAAAAGCAAGGAGCGACCUGCCACAGCCUCCGGUGGACUGGGAGGAGACCGCAGUGGUGGUGGGGGAGGAGGAGGAGGAGGAGGUGGCUCCCAGAACGUGACGCCCAGCAAGCAGAAGUCCGUGCUGGCCAUCUUCAAGCCGGGCAAGCGAGGCAGCCAGAGCAGCAAGAGCUCCUCCCCGAUCGAGUCCACCGUGGAGCCCACUCCCCCACCACCCCCACCUGUCCCCGGAUCGGGAUCGGGAUCAGGGAAUCGCAGCCGAACGCCGGCAGGAUCGCGUCCCGGGAGUCGGCUGCGCUACUACGACGAACCCGUUGAGGGGGUCAUCCACAUACCGCUGCACACGCCGCCGGAGGAGCGGGAGGCCCGCACCCUGCUCCAGGGCAUCCAGCAGCUGGCCCACGCGGCCCAGGCCAGCAUGGACCCCUCGCCCCUGCCCACCCACCGUGCUCCGCCCGCUUCCGCCCAGCCGGUCUGCCCGGCGGCGGGCACCCAGAUCACGGCCACCCAGCUGGCGGCGGCGGCGGCCGCUCUGCGUCCGGUGGCCCAGCGGCGGGUGGCCCAGCGUCCGGAUCUGGACGCCAUCCAAUCGCUGCCCAGCCAGGAGGAGCCGCCGGCGGCGGCGCUCGGGGAGGAGCAGGGCCAGCCGAUGGCGGAGCCAGCCAACUGGAGCCUGGAGGUGCAGCGGCACAGCUCGCAGGACUCGCAGGAGACGACGGCCGAGUCGGUGGGCUCCGUGAUGAGUGCCCGGGCAGCGAAUCUCGCCCAGCAGCGGGAACAGCGGGAGCAGGCGGCCAUACAGCGACUGCCCUCCGUGGAGAGCACCCAGAGCGCCUGCGAGCCGCGCCUGGUGCACACGGUGGCCACCGUGAAUGCUCCGCAUCCGCAGGAUUCCGCCGGGGACUCCGCCGCCGCCAAGGAGCGGAGGCGCCUGCUGUUCGCCACGCGGCUGGGAUCCGGCAGUCAGGAGCAGCUCUUCUCCACCCAGUUCAGCAUCUCGAAGACGGAGAGCCAGUCCAGCCAGCUGUCCGAGCAGGUGGAGCACUCCGGCUCCGAGGGCGCUUCGGAGGGACUGCAGCGCCAGGGAACGGUGAUCCGGCGGGUGGAGUCCGGCCCUCCGCCACCGCCGCCUCGAGGCGUUUGCAGCUCGGAGGAGGAGCAGGGAUCGGGAGGAGGAGCGGUGGUGAUGCGCUCCAAGCACAAGUCGCGUCCGGCCAGCUCCGAGGACGAGGCUGCUCCUGGGCCGGCAGCGGAUUUCCGGCACUCGCGCUACUUGGAGAACUUCGACGUGCGCCGCAAGCUGCACGAGAACCUCACGGAGGCGCAGGUGGAGUCGCCCAGUGGCGGCCAGGCGACCAUUCCCCGGAAGCCAAAGCGCCAGAGUGUCCCGGAGAGCAGACGUGAAACAGCAGCCAGCUACAGUUCCGGCACUGCCACGCCCACCACUCCUACUCCCACUCCGACGCCCACGCCCACACCUGCGACUCCAGUGGGACAGGUGGGACCAGUGGAGCAGGCCAGGCAGCCACUGACUUCCUCCAGCACCACUCCCAUUCCCACUCCCACUCCAACCACGGCAGCUCCAGUUGCAGUUGGAGUUCCAGUGGUCACUCCACCCGCCGGCCAGGCCCCCACUUCCACUUUCGCAUCCACUUCCGCUGGGGGUCCUCCGGCCACGAACUCCUACCGGGAUCUCUCCAGCACUCCGCAGAGGAGCCAGGAACCCGUUGGCGCCUGCUACAGGGAUCCUCCGCUCACCUCCGCCACCGCCACUCCGCCGGUGGAUCCUUUGUUGACCUCCCCGCCGCCGGAGCGCCGUCACUCGCUGUCGACGGAUGAGCACGAGCCCGUGGAGUCCUCGGAGAGCGAGCGGGACUCGGACAUGGCCGGCAGCUCCUCGGUGACCACGGCGGUUCCGGCGGGCGGAGAAGCCUCUGCUCGAAGGCACCACAACUUCCCGCGCAACGUGUGCGUGAUCGAGGAGCACGAGAGCACCGGCCUGGUGUCGCAGGAGUCCUUCGAGGACGAGCUGCCCUACAUACCCACCACGCUGCCCGAGGAGCGGGCCCAGGGCGUGCCCAUCAUCCCGAUGCGGGAGCGGGCCAACAUGGAGCUGAAGACGUGCCCGGUGGACAGGCCGCGCUCCACCACGCCGCUGAAUCCCUCGCACCUCGAGGAGUACUGCUCGGGGAUCAUGACGCCGCAGGAGGGAGCCCCUGGCGUUGGGGGACACCAGGAGAUCGAUGGCGCAGGAGCAGGAGGAGUUGGAGGAACCGGAGGAGGUGGUGCCUCCUCGAUGGGUGGAGCUCCGGUGCGCGGGGAGAAGCUGCGGAUCAGCCUUCCCCGCAAGGAGUCCAUCGGCAAGGAGCGCAUCCAGAACUCGAAGUCGCCGCGACGAGUGUCCAACACCAGCGGCAAGUCCUGGUUCGAGUUCGCCGAGGAGGGCUUAAGGGCCAACAACCUGGAGCGCAAGGACUCGGCCAAGCAGCUGCUCCCGGUGGUCACACCACCUGCUCCCGCUCCUACUCCAUCGAACCUGGAGGAGCCGAAGCCAAAGGCCUCCACGCAGCGGAAGCUCUCCGGCCACUGGAUCGACUUUGAGAACAUUCCCGAGAAGCGGAAGCCGGCCAAGCGGAUCACCACGCUGCCCAAGGAGACCUUGGCGAGCAGUGCGAUCGCCGCGGCGACCACCAGCUCCUCCUCCGCCUGCGGCAGCGGCCACCGAUCCGGAGGAGGAGUAGGAGGAGGCCACCACCAUCAGCAUCAGCACCACCACCACCACCAUCACCACCAGCAGCAGCAGCAGGGAUCGAAGGGAGGUGGCGAGCACUACAACUACGUGAAGCCGGAGGACUGCCAGUGCGAGUGCCACGAGGCGGAGCGCGGCGAAUCCUCGACAGCCACGGCCGGAGCCGGGGAUACCAGCACGGAGACGGGAACGGGAACGGGAACGGGCAGCGAGUCGCUGGCCUCCGUGGAGCUUCUGCAGCAGGGCGAGGACAUGUUGCCGCUUCUGGAUCCAGACACCUCGGCGGAGGGCAGGAUUUACGGGGACGAAGAGCAGGCUCCCCUAAUGCGGCACUCCGGCAAAGGAGUCUCCCAUCCACGGAGCCAACUCGAGGAGUUUCCACGACGGGACGAUGGAUCGAGUCCCCGCAACCGCAAGUUUCCCGACAGAAAGUAAGCAGAGCAGCCGGAAAAACCCAACUCCUCAUUAUUUGCCGGAUCGGAUCGAUGUUUUGUCAGUAGAUCUUCAGGGUAGCAAAACCAUUAAUCUAUCUCUAUGUAAGUCGAGUCGAGUCAAACUGAACUAAAGGCCAGCGCCAGGAGGACCCUGGCCAAUAUCCUCAAUGUACCUCAAGCAGAGUGGUUGUUACAUAUUCGAGCAGGAGCCGAGGGACGAUCCGAUGAUGAUCGCUAGACAAUGAUGCGCAUUAGCUUUCGAUUCCAAAACGAUGGCUAAGCGAAACCCCCAAUAAAAAACACACCCAAAAGAUACGAUACGAUGAUAUGCAUACGAUAGAUACUCCGUACUAAAUAGCUCAUGAAUGUACAUGUUAGGCUAAUUUUUUUGAUAGCAACAAUUACAACAACAACACUCACUCUAUAUGGCAAUGGACGAUCGAUCGGUCGAUCGGUGGGUCGGUUGGUCGGUCGGUCAUUCCCCCUAGAAACUUUUCGCUGGCAAUUUACUAUAUGUGAUCUCAGACAAAGUAUAUAUGUGUGGUCGACCGGAUUCUCUAGCUGUAAGUCGGUGUAUCUGCGUGUAGUUUGUUACCUAGCUCAGACAAAUCCUGAAUCCUGAAUCCGGAAUCCGGAAUCCAGAAUCCAGAAUCCAGAAUACAGACUCCAAAAUCCGAAAUCCCUAGGCUUAGUCUCUAAUCUGUGUCUGUGUCUGUGUCUGUGUCCGUUUCUAUAUACCUGUGUGUGCGUGUGUGUGUGUGUUGUGGAGAUCUCCAUAUCUCUGAGAGCACUACCCUACCGAUUUCGGGCCAUAUCUCUAGGAUUCUCACAAUGGGACACAGCAAGCGAUUUAAGAACGAGUUGUAAUCGUUUACUAGUAUGUCAAAAAACCGAAAGAAAAGUAGCCUGAUUCAUAGCCUUUAGUUGAGUUCGAAGCGUUAGUUAGUUAGUCUGCCCGACUAAGCGGGUAUUUUGUAAAUAAGUCUAAACUAGAUUACAGUAUUCGAUGCAAAUUGAUUUUGAGAAACACUCUUUUUUUGUUUUUGCGGGACAGAAGAGGCGAUCUUCUUUGAAUGAGUUGAAUCAAUGUACUUGAAUAAAUUUAUAUAGCCAACAAACUGCCAGCACACACACACUUGCCAUAAGAGAAGUUCCUCCUUUGUUUUUGUGUUUCGUGGGUAACCGGUUUGGUGUGGUGACCCCGAUUGGUUUAUGCGCCCCCAAACAUUGCGAUACAAAGACGAUCCUUAUAUGUACUACUACUGCUUCAAAGAAACACUUAAGUCCCUAAAGGAAUCUCUUACGAAAGAAAAAACACAACUCCUAGCUAGCCUUUAAAAUUCCUAAAUACUUUAUUACAAUACUUUAGCGGACAACGGACAUUCAUUGAAUUGAAGCAAAACCAAGCGAAUAAAACUUAAAUAUAGUAUUUAAACAACUUAAAGAAAACUUAUAGGUAAAUUAUACAAUACAUAAACAACAUUAAAAAUGUGCGAAGCGGGGGCGAAAUAAAUGGGAGCUUAGAUCAGAGAAUUGAACGAGUUUUUCGAAAGAAUUUCAGAGCCCCAAUUAAACCCAAAAAUGAGUAACGUAAUAGAAAUCGUUUUUGUAUUUUUUUUUUUUUUUGGUAGCAGAAGUGGUAAAGCACAAAUUGCACUCGAAACAUAUAUGAUAUAUAGACGUAAUGGCGAAUCCAAGCAAGAUCUUAACAAAUUGUACAAUAAUUUCCAUAAUACAUUUAUGUGAGGAUAAAUACAUAUAUAUUAAUAUAUACAUACAAGUCUAAAUGUAUAUGCAUUUACACAUAAGUUGCGUUCCAGUUUCCGAAUCUUGUUCUCAAUACUUUUUUAAUCGUUUUUGAAUAAACUUUUUUUGUAUAACUUAGUCAAGCCACGAAAAAUGUUGUUAAAAAUGCAUUUACAUUACGAAAAGAAGACAAGUUGAACGUUUAAAUAAGCAAAGGAAUAUGAAAAAUUGUUACCAAAAUUUAUGCAUUCAUACAAAACAAAACAAAAAAAAAACAGCUGGGUUGAGCUAAAAGAAAUAAAUUAAUAAAUAUAUAUGUAUGCACUUUCUUUAUUUUACGAUUUCAUCUAGACGAAGAAGAUGAUUUUGAUGAAGAGCAGGCAGAAAAUUAAUUGAAAACUAUUCAUUAAAGUGACAAAAACAUAUUUAAACCAA